GUUCACCACCAUUGACGCCCUGACGUCCUCAUUGCUGCACGGCUCUGUUCGGUUCUGCACGGCUCGCUUCUGGUUCUCGGUUUAUGUGCCACUAGUAUUGAAAGAAAAAGAUGCCAGCCACCCGCUCCAAGACUCUGGCAGCCCGGCCUCCAUCGACCAGGAUGAGUUUGAGGAGCUUCCGCAUCUUGCCUCUGGUUCCCAUGGAGACGUCCUCUUCUUCCUCUGAUGACAGUUGUGAUAGCUUUGGCUCCGAUGGAGGCUUUGCAAACACGAGGGGCUGCUUCAGACCGACGAGGAGGACGCCGGAGAAACCAAGGACGUUUAAGGCUUCAUCGGAGGAGGAUGCGUGCAGCGUGUUUGAUGAGAGUGUCAUCAACAGCCAGAUGGAGGCCAUGAAAGUAGACUCUGAACCUCUGAGACGUGGCCACCUGAAGGUUGCCAUGACAUUCCCCACCAAGAAGACGGGUAAGAAGAGGCCUGCAUCCGAACCACUCCCUCAAAAUAAAGUACAGGACUCCGACUCUGAGGGAGAGGAGAACUUCAUGAGCAAGAGAGCCCUUAAUAUUAAGGAGAACAAAGAAAUGCUGGCGAAGCUCAUGGCAGAGCUGAACAAAGUACCCGGUAUUUUCCCAGGACGGAUGGCAAUGUCUGCAUCUACUACGCCUCGCCGGUCAAUGGGAAUUCCAGGAUCUCGUCGGAGAAACAUUGAGCGUUUGUCUCGUCCCCAAACGCGGUCCCGCACACAGGUGAACGGACCCCCCAUCCCAACUCCAGAGGAAGAGCCCGAGGACGGCUUCAGCCUGGUUCGCAGAAGCCGCUACUUUGAGGAAAUUUGUGAUCCGCCCCGCUGCCGCACCUCCAAUAGCGCAAAGGCCGUCCCUCAUGUCGUGCGGCCUGUGGAUGACAUCACAGAAUCAGAGCUGCAGAGCAUCUGCAACAACGUGCGGGAGAAAGUCUACAACCGCUGCACUGGAUCCACUUGCCACCAGUGCCGCCAGAAAACGAUCGACACCAAAACCCACUGUCGUAAUCCAGAGUGUGUGGGGGUGAGGGGGCAGUUCUGCGGCCCCUGUCUUCGGAACCGCUACGGAGAGGAGGUCCGUGACGCUCUUCUGAAUCCGGAGUGGCUCUGCCCGCCAUGCAGAGGGAUCUGUAACUGCAGCUUCUGUCGGGCCAGAGAUGGUCGCUGUGCCACAGGAGUGUUGGUGUACCUGGCAAAAUACCAUGGAUUUGACAAUGCGCACGCUUACCUGAAAAGCUUGAAGAAGAAGCUGGAAGAGUGUGGCGAGUGAAAUGUGGACCUGACUGACAUACUCUGGGAUCGUUUGUACCAGUCCAGAUAUUCAUGGUGUUUCAAGCGUCAUAACGCAAUGCUAAUUGUUGUCCAUGUUUAUAAAAUGAUCAUCUGACAUCUGGAGGAGGGCCAUGCAGCCUGUUCUCUCUCGCCUACAGCUUGCUUUGUUUUUGUUUUAAAGAGCUGAGACGGGUUGAUUGUAAACUACGGUGGACCAAAACAAAUUUUAGGAAGAUGUCUCAUACAUGAUUGUUGUCCGAACAUUCCUAUGGAUCUUUAAAUGUUUUAAGACAAAUUAUGAACUCGUAGGCAAAAAAAUACAGGCUCGUUCAGAUGAUCUACUGUAUUUUAACAUUGUUUUAAAUGUACAGAUUUUACACUGCAACUAUGAAUGUCUUUUUAUUCAUAGUUGCAAAUGCUUGUGUUUUUACAAGUUUUGUAAAUCUGCUGAAAAUGUAAAAAAAACACACAAAACGUUUGCUUUAGUUUGGAUGUUCUGCAGAAAUGGCCCAGUGAUCUGCAUGCCACUGAGGUGGUGCAGGUGGAAAGGGCAUAGACUCUGGGGUCCACUGCCUCUCACUUUUAAACCGAGAGGAACUGUGUGAUAUACUACAGCGCCUGGUUAAAUAUCCUUCAUUAGAUAACUGUCACUAAUGGUGUGGAAACAAUUAGCACACUCUAAUGGGAAUCUCAUACCUGUAAAUCAUUUUAUCCUGUUAAAGCACAUUCUCGCUCUGCUCCAGUCUCUUUGGCUCAUUUUCUACCUUACACUGUUAAGUAGGAAUCGUUGAAGGUGCCACUGAAGUGGCAAUAGAGUUAUGGCCUGCAUUUUCUGUUCAGAAGUGCGAUACUCUGCGCUGAAUGACAUGGAAUUAACCUUUGUGUUGCUCAUCUUUGAAAUGUACUUCAUUCGACCUGCGCCAGGACACACUGAUUAUAUGAUACUGUCUCAAAAAUAAUCAACGGCUGAGAUUUCUUCUUCGGUGUAAUGGCAGGUGGAGGUUAUCUUUCUGCUUGUGUUUAUCAGGCCCUGUACUCCUAACGAGAAGAGUAAUGCUGAACUGUUGAUGGGCACAUCUGUUAUGUCAAUGCGUGAUCUGAGCUCAAUGGGUUAACUGUACAUUUUCAUUAAAGUGUUAAUCACUGCAGAA